AUGCCUUCUUGCUACAUGAUACCUCUACCAAUCCCUCCCCCUGAUAAAAGCCGGAGUAAUACUGACGCCAAUUACCCAAGAGCUUCUAGCUACAGGAAACCCCUACCAAUCCCUCCAACCAAUAAAAGCCGGAGUAAUACUAACGACAAGUAUCCAAGAGCUACUAGCUGCAAGAAACCCCUACCAAUCCCUCCAAGAGCUUCCAGCUACACUACACCCCUACCAAUCCCCCCUCCUAGUAAAGGCCGGAGCAAUACUGACGGCAAUUACCCAGGAGCUUCUAGCUAUGCGAAACCCCUACCAAGCCUUCCCCCUGAUGAAAAUCAGAGUAAUCCUAACGAAGCAACGAGAUUGCAUAGCGUCAGUACUUCCCAUAGCCGCUUGCACGGGAGUUAUGACGACGUGAAUCUCCGCGAGGCAAAUGCCAUACUAAGUGAUUCCAAGGCGCAGAAUGCACAAGAUAUCGAGUACUCCAUUAUCCACAGUACGACACAUGGAAAAGGCAAACUCCAUUUAGUGGAUCCUCAACAAUCGCAGCACCCGGAGCCAAUUUCAGCAAUCAUUUGUAGUUACGAUCAAAACCCCCGAUUUGCACCAAUGCAAAAGAAGUGGGAAGAGCUGGUGGGCAAGACGGUAUGCUGUGAAUCGCGAAUCAAAGAACUAAGGGAAUCCCUAACUGACUCCUGGAUUGAGGUUGGGCGGUUGAAGAAAGAGCAGGAACGGAUGCAGCAGGAGGGAGAGGAUUUGUCAGGUGGAACGGUGAGAUGGCGCCACGUCGAGGCUGUGUUGAUCCUCGAGGAAUCCAAAUUUAAUCGGAACUAUGCGCAGAUUCGAACUUUGGAGAGGGACUUACAGGAGGCCGAGGAGGAAAUUGAUGCUCUUAAUAGUCAGUUCUUACAACUUGAAAAGCUGUAA